AUGAUUUUGAGGACGCUGCCAAGAAGGAUCUGGGGAAGAGGAUUCUGCAGUACAGCUGCAAGAAGAGAGAUCCUCGAUGUGGAGAACCUGCCAGACAGGAUCAUCCCAAGAUAUCAAGAAAGCAAGACCAGCGACCUCCUCUCCUUACAAUGGCCCUCACCGCCUCGAAAUAUCCUCGUGAUAAAGAAACACGGCGCUCCGAAUGUCACGGAGUGUGUGGUUGAAUAUGCAAAACAUAUACAUUCAAAUUAUGAUAAUGUCUCCCUUAUAUUCGAACCGAAAGUCGCAACACAAAUACACAAGUUGUUCCCAUUCCCCAUCUACACGACCACCUCAGCUGGAGCUCUACCUUUGAAAGUCGAUAUGACUACGACAUUGGGUGGAGAUGGGACAAUCUUACACGCAUCUUCGCUCUUCAGCACAACACUUCACGUACCACCUAUACUUUCGUUCAGCAUGGGUACGCUAGGAUUCUUAGGAGAAUGGAAGUUUGAGGAAUUCAAGCGGGCAUUUAGGGAAGUUUAUAUGUCUGGAGCUGGCGCCGGGUCGCCUUUAUUCCAAGACCAGAAGCAUCCACAUGUAAUACAAGAAGAGACGGAAAACAUCGUGACAGGCUGGUCCAGCGUUCGAGGGAAGUCGAUGGGACCAACACGGAGUUCGAAAGUCCUACUGCGCAAUCGAUUAAAAGUCGGGCUUUUUGACGGAGAUGGACAUAGGGUUAUUGGAGACAAUACAGCUGAGAGUGCCGAGGGUGAUGUGCACGCCAUGAACGAGGUCAUCAUUCAUAGGGGCAAGGAAGCGCAUCUUGCCAUUAUAGAGGUUUUUGUUGGCGGGCGGUUCUUGACGGAAGCUGUAGCGGAUGGAAUGAUUAUCGCUACACCGUCUGGAAGUACGGCUUACAGUUUGAGCUCGGGUGGAAAUAUUGUUCACCCUCUGGUCAGCAGUCUUUUGAUGACGCCUAUCUGCCCGCGAAGUUUGUCGUUCAGACCCUUAGUGCUACCUUCGAAUACCCCGAUUACGUUGAAGAUGAGCGAGAAGAACAGGGGAAGAGAAUUGGAAGUUAGUAUCGAUGGCAGGAGGCGAAGUCGUGGAAUUGGUGUUGGGAUGGAAGUUAGGGUCAAUGGGGAGUUUAUCACAAAAGGGAGGGAAUGGACCGGUGGGGUUCCUUGUAUUAUGAGAGGGACAAAGUAUGAAGGUGACGAUGGAUGGGUUGGAGGUUUGAAUGGGUUGCUAAAGUUCAACUAUCCAUUUGGAGAGGAACCCUAA